AUGAGUUACAAUUUUUCUCUUAUUCCUAAGGAAACAUUAGCCGCCAUACCUCCCCCUCACCAACACAUACAGCAUCUGAACCCCCCUUUUGCCAAUCAAAAUACACAACCCAUCAGGAAAAGAAAGAAAGAAGGAAAGAAAGAAGGGAAGAGGAGAAGGGGACCGCCGAGGAGAAGGAGAGGAAGAGGAAGGAAGCUGUCCGCGCCCUGCCACCGCGUCAGUUCCUCGCCGCCGUGCUGCUUCGCCGUCCAUGAGGAGUCGCCAUCGCUAGUCAACGACAAAGAGAGAGAGAGCCGCGAGAAGGAGUGGGUCGCGCUACCCAGUCGCCGUCGUCGUCCUCCCCGCGCCGCCGCCGAGCCCGCUGAGCAGGAGCCCAUCGCCGCCGUUCGCGCCUCUAUCACCGUCCGAGAAGCUUCCAUGUCCGUUGCCGUCGAGCUCAUUAGUGAGAGAAAGAGAGUUGCAGGUGAGAGGGAAAAGUGUUGCGCCACUGUUCCUUACUGUGCAGCCACCGCCACGCCUUGUCGUCGCCAGAGUUGCCACCGCUGCGUGCCACCGCCGCUUCUCACCGCCGAGGAGAAACCUUGCCUACGCUACUGCCUUCCGGGCCAGAUUCACCGAUUAAUCCUACCGCUGCCAUUGGCUUGCCAUUUCUGCUCGGCUGUGCCCUUAUUCGCCGUUCUGAUUGUUGAAAGGAAAUGUUGUUGAAGCUAUAGC